AUGUCCCUCAAGACCACCCUCACCACCCUCCUCGCCCUGGCCCUCACCAGCAGCGCCCUCGCAGCCCCCCCAGACCUAACCAAGCGCGCCUCCGAAACAAUCUACCUCUCCAACUGCGUCACCACCGGCGCCGCCUACAGCAAAAGCGGCAUGUUCUACUACUCCGCCAGCGAGGACUCGCAGAACGGGGCGUCGCCGUCCAGCGGCAACUACGCGACCGUCAACGGCGGCAGUCUCGUCGGGUGGGAGGGCGCGACUGUGUCGGGCACGUUCGGCUCCGGCGUGACGUUUACUUCGAAGAUUGAGGGGGGUGCUCAUGCGGCUUAUUCGUACUCUGGGAGUGGGUCGAAUGGUUCUCAAAUGCCAGCCCCCAACCCCAACACCCACCCCAAGCCAAAGCCCAAACCAAACAACAACAACAACAACACCAGCUACUCAAUGCACCCCUCCCUCCACGAAGCCGUCAGACAGCGCCUCCUAGACACCAACCUAACCCUCACCUUCCACGCCACCGACUCCCCCGCGGGCAGCACCCACGAAUACGACACGAGCAUCAUGGGCCGCUUCGUCUGCCCCAACCGGGCGUGCAACACACGCGGCUGGACGAGCAAGAAAGUCGCUAUCACGAUCCGCAUGUACCCUGGGGGAGAGUACAAUGCGCGCGUGUACCACCAGCGCUGUAGGAGCUGUCAUCGGUUGGCGAGGCCCGUGCUGGAUGCGUCUAUGGUUGGGUUGAAGACUGUUGCAAAUGGCGAGUAUACCGAGUAG